AUGGCCGAUAACUCAGAAUGUCCUCCGAACAAGAAAAGGACCUCGAACUCCCGCAGAACCGAAGAGUCCAUGAGCAGUGCCGGUGAUGCGGAAGAAGCGGACGUAUCGAAACGAGCGCGUAGGAGCACGCGGUCGAGGCUUCCUCUCGCGGGGAACUCACUGAAGCCUCCGGAAGGAUCCCAAGCAGACAACAGCACCGACGAUCCGCUGGUUCUGGAACUGAACGAAACGGGCGAGGGACCGUCGGAAUCGCAGGAGCCUGAAAGAGCGGAUGCCACCCAGGGUGCGCCCGAGCCCGAGGUUUUCGCAGAAAAGCCCUCUCCAACGGAAACUUCGACCACCGGCAACCACCCAGUACAGUCUCCGACACCACCGGAAACCCAGCCCCGGAGUCAGAGUGCAGCUGAGCAAUCGCGCCAACUGCAAAGUUUGGAGGGUGCGAGACAGACAUCGCAGAAAACCGUUGAAGCCGUAUUCGCAGACUGUGAGCGAGAUGAGGACGGUGGAAUCAAAAUCGGCGACAUCUACCUUCCGCCGCCCCCUCCACCCGCGUGCACGUUCGACGCGAAGGGACCUCGGCUGAUCAUUUCGAAGAUCGAGAAUAGCUUCUUCAAGAGCUACGGAAAGAACGUCACCAUAGGUCCAUUGCAUAAGAACUACUCGGCGAUCGUUGGCCCGAACGGAAGCGGGAAGAGCAACGUCAUCGACUCGAUGCUUUUCGUCUUCGGAUAUCGUUCGAAGAAAGUACGAGCCCAGAAAGUUUCGAAUCUCAUUCAUAAUUGCGAUGUGCACAAAACUAUUCCUCGCUGUAGCGUAGAUGUGCAUUUCGAGACGAUUAUCGACCGGGGAGAUGCAGGAUUUGAAGUAGUACCGAAUUCCCAUCUGGUCAUAGGUCGUGUAGCUCAUCGAGACAGCUCAUCGUAUUACACCAUCAAUGGCAUGCAGGUCUCACAGAAAGUGGUUACCCGGACUCUUCGAGAGAAGGGUAUUGACAUCGACCACGACCGUUUCCUGAUCCUCCAAGGUGAAGUAGAACAAAUAUCCAUGAUGAAGCCUAAGGGUGAGAACGAAAAUGACGAAGGCAUGCUAGAGUAUCUUGAAGAUAUAAUCGGAACAAACCGAUACAAGGAGCCUAUUGAGAAAUUCGUGAAGAAUGUUGACGAGCUGCAAGAGGAGCGCAACCGAGCGCUGGACAGAGUACAGAUGGCAGAACAGGACAUGCAAGGUACGAAGAAACUCAGGGACGAAGCUCUGGAGUUCAUCAACCUCUGCAAUGAUUUGGUACGCUGCGACCACAAACUCUACGCCAUCAAGGCACUCAACGAAUCGGAAAAGAAAGCCGGCAUCGAAGCAAGAUACAACGAGGAGAAUGAAGCGUUGGAAAAAUUAAUGAAGAAGAUGGAUGAUUUUGUCAAAGAGAAUGAAGAGCUCACCGUGAAGCAUAAGGCUCUCUGCCGCGAAGAAGCCGACGCCGUCAAGAAAUACGAGGAUCUCCAAGCUCAGUACAGAGAGCUCGAGAAACAAGACGUCAAGUGCAGAGAAGACGUGAAGCACGGUAAAACGGCCAUAGCGAAACUUGAAAAGGAUCGGGAGGCUCAGACGAAGAAGAUCGAGAAACUCAAAUCCGAAACGGAGAAACUACCUGAGGAGAGAGCGAAAGCCGAGAAGGAUGAGGAAGAACUGACUGAAAAGGUUGCGGCCCUGAAAACAGACCUGCAUUCGAGAAUGGAGGACUUGAACAAGAAAGUUUCCCCCAUCCAAACUCAAAAAGAGUCCCUUGAGAAGAAGCUCUUGGAACUGCAACGAUCGGUGAAUACAGCGAAAUCGGCAUUCACAAUGGCUCAGGUGGAACUCGACGUUAUGACGUCUUCAGAAAGGAACGAGAAAGAAAAGCUCGAGGCCAGCACUAAGCAAUUAAGUGAAGCCGAAAAGGACUUGGUCGAGAAAGAACAAGCAGCAGCUAAGCUGAACGAAGCCCUUCCCAAGUACAAGCAGGAGUUGGAGAAAGUUCGAAGCGAUCUCGCUAAUGUCGACAAAGAAUAUGAGCGCUACCACAGCAAGCUGAAUCAUGACCUCAUGAAAUUGGAAGAGAUGAAAGUAUCCAACGCUGCAACACGGAGUAAUAAUCGGCUCCUCGACGCGCUCAUGUCGGAAAAGCAGAGAUCCCUGAAAGGUGUUGUCGGUCGGCUCGGAGAUCUCGGCGGAAUCGAUAAAAAGUACGAUGUUGCGAUAUCGAUGUCCUGCGGAUUGCUGGACUCAAUAGUGGUGGAUACAACUCAGACCGGUAAAGCUUGCAUCAAGUUUCUCCAGAGGAACCAACUCGGAAAAGCGAACUUCCUAGCUUUGGAGAAGAUGCAACACCUCAUUGGACAAGCUCAACAACGGAUCAAAACUCCCGAAAAUGUGCCUCGUCUCAUUGACUUGGUCCAAGUUUCCGACCCGCAGUAUCUUGGUGUGUUCUACUACGCACUAAGAGACACACUCGUGGCCGAUGAGAUCGACCAAGCGACCCGGGUAGGAUUGCAUGGCCAACAGAGAUUCCGAGUGGUGACUCUGAGGGGGGAAAUCAUCGAUCCUAGCGGUACCUUGACUGGAGGAGGCAAUCGAGUCGUUUCUGGAAAGAUGGGUACCAAGGCUAAACUAGACACCACGAUCGAUCAAGAGGAAGUGGAUGCCCUAGCCGCCGCUGUACGCGAUGUAGAGCAGAAAGUCACCGAGCUGGGCAACAAGAAGAACGAUCUUGAGAAAUCGAGCUACCAGAAGAAGAAGGACUUCGAACAAGUCCAACAACAGCAGCAGAAAGUUUCUUUCGAGAUUGAAAAUCUCACUCAGAGCAUCAGUUCCCUCAAGAUGGGAAUCAAAAUACAGCAAGCGUCGGUCAAGGAGAAGACGGUCGAUAAGGCCAAGCUGGCGAAGCAACAGGAGAAAGUUGACGAGACCAAGGAGGCCUACGAAGCUGCGGUUGAGUCAACGGAAGAAGAUCGCCAAGCGAUCGAGAAACUCGAUGAGAAGAUCAACAAGAUCAAGGAGGAGAGCAUCGGCGACGUGAAAGCGAAGCUUGAGGACGCGCAGGCGAAACUCCGCAAAGCCAGUUCGAAGAAGACCGAAUGCCAAGUCGGCAUGAACAAUUCCAAGCGGAAGAUCGACCAGGCACAACAGAAAUUCGAAAGCAUCGAAGCUGAACUUGUCAGUGUCCGAGAGCGCCGUAAACAGAACCUCGAAUUAUACAAUGAAUUGACGGCUCAGGGAAGCGAGCUCCGAGACCAGAUAGAGGCGAUAACUGAAAGCAAGCAAGCGCUAUCGAAUCAAGUUGCUGAGUCGGCGCGAAGUCUCCACGAGUUCAAUAAACAGGAAAAUAAGUUGAAGAUCCGUCAGAUUGAACAACAGAAUAUCGUAAAGGAUUUAUCGAAAGAGCUGGAACAGUGUUUGAGAGCCGUUGAGCAUCUCCAGCAGAAAAUGAACGGCUUGCGCCUGGAGGUCGUUGACGAUGGGGACGAUGAGAGCGCUGAGUUGGUUCAAAACGAAGCUGCCCUCAAAGUACCUGAACUCGACUCGGAAUCCGUCAAGUCUCUGGACUUCAACGAAAUUUCGCAAGAGAAAGCCGAUUUGGAGGAAAGGAAGAAAGCGCUACGUCCUAACUUGAACUGCAUCCAGGAAUACAAGAAGAAGAUGGGUCACUAUCGGAAACUGUCCGAAGUUUAUCUCGGGAAGCAGAAAACUCUGGAUACCCAUAAGGGCUAUCUUCAGGCUUUGAAGAAAGCCCGACUGCAAGAAUUCAUGACUGGCUUCAAGAUAAUCACUCAGAAAGUCAAAGAAAUGUACAGAACUUUGACGCUCGGAGGAGACGCAGAUCUAGAAUUGGUAGACUCUCUGGAUCCCUUUUCCGAAGGAAUCGCCUACAGUGUGAGACCACCCCGCAAGACAUGGAAAAACAUUUCGAAUCUCUCAGGUGGAGAGAAAACUCUUUCGUCGUUAAGUUUGGUCUUUGCUCUUCAUUACUACAAACCUGCACCGUUCUAUGUGAUGGACGAAAUCGACGCUGCCCUGGAUCACAAGAACGUGUCGAUCAUAGCGAACUACAUUAAUGAACGCACGAAAAACACUCAAUUCAUCAUCAUCUCGCUUCGGGACGAAAUGUUCUCUCUCGCUAGGAAGCUAACCGGCAUCUACAAGCCAUACAACGACACGAGAACUCUGACCCUUGAUAUCGACAAAUUCGUUUCUGACGUCAACAAGGAAAACGCUCCGGCGAACGUCGCCGACAGCUGA